AUGGAUAUCGUAACCGAUACGAGCGACACGGUAAAAUAUUUGGGCACCAGAGGCGUUGGCUUGGUUGAUGCAGUUGGCGAGACCAUCGCCAGAUCUGACUCCGCCAGCUGUGCGGAUACCGUGUUCAGCAUUCUAUAUCAUUGGACUGUGCUGUGUUAUACAUGGAGAGAAAGCUCGCUCCAAAAGGUGGGAUUCACUGUCAAUGCCAUUGUGCCCGGUCCCAUUGCCACCGAGGCCUGGCUGAAAACCCUUUUUGCCGACUGGGGGAGCCAGGAGAACAUUCCUAAGGUGUUCAGGCUUUUAUGCAGUGAUGAAUAUUCAUGGGUUGCCGGUCAGAUCUUGAUGGCGAUCGGAGCGGCAGUAGUUCCCACAAGUAUGCUUGAACUAUCCAUGGAUGUCAAUGUCCAUAGCACCAUACAUCCUAGAAGUUCGGCUUUGGUCAUGAUGGCCUCUCUAGACAAUCUUCGUGACUGUCCCUACAUCAAGAAUAAUAUGACGUACAAGAAGGAUCUCAGAAAUUAG